AAUUUUCUUCAUGAGUAAAAUAGAAAACAAUUGUAAGAGGGACAUUGAAAUAAUUCAUCGUUUCGAGGAGAAGGUGUUCAACAGAAGAAAAGAAAAUUUUGUGAAAAAAAUGCAGCAGCAAUAUUCCUUAGAGAAAGAAGCAGGUAAUGAAGAAGAACCAAAGAUGAAAGCAAAACAACGUCUUAUCGAUUCCCUGUUGGAUCUUCAUGUCAAACAUCGUUUAAUAUCGGAAGAAGACGUUAUCAGAGAUAUGGGAGGCACUAUUUUUGCGGGUCACGAUACAACUUCCCACGUUAUGUCGUGGACUCUUUAUUUUUUGGGAAGAUUUCACGAAAUACAGGAGAAAGUCUAUUUAGAAUUGCAAGACAUUUUCAAAAAUGAUAUGAAUAGAGAUAUUACUAUUGAUGACCUGACGAAAAUGACGUACUUAGAAUGCGUAAUUAAGGAGUCGAUGAGAAUCUAUCCUCCUGGUCCUUUUAUUGCAAGAAAAAAUCCUACGGAAAUGAAAAUAAGUAAUUGCGUGUUGCCUGCAAAUUCGACUCUUGUCAUCAGUAUCUAUGGCAUCCAUCAUAAUCCUUCUGUUUACGAAAAUCCCGAAGUUUUCGAUCCAGACCGUUUUCUACCUGAAAACUAUAAAAAUCUUCAUCCUUAUGCAUUUCUGGCAUUUUCUGCCGGUCCACGAAAUUGUGUCGGAAGUAAACUCGCCAUGAUUAGUAUGAAAACAGUUUUGGCAAAUGUUCUUCGUAAUUUUAAAGUUUACUCUUUAGAUCCUCAAGAUAAGAUCGUUACUUCAUUCGAAGUUAUGUUGACUCCAAUAUCAGGUAUAAGAAUGUGUGUACAACAAAGACGUAUGUUUUAAAAUAUGAAAUAACCUGAACG